AUGCUUUAUACAUACAAUUAACAUUUGAAAAAUAAAAUCUUAGGAAGGAAAACAAACAACCAACUAUAAAAAAUUAAAUAAAAAUAAUAAACAAAUUAAGAAGUGAAUAGAUAAAUAGAUCUUGAAUUUAUUGUUUAUCAUUAAUAGAUUGAAGGUAAAAGCAAAUAAAUAAAUAAGCAAUUAAUUAAUAAAUUAAUAAGUAAAUAAAUAGUUAAUACAAAAUACAACUAAAAUAGCAUAGAAAUCAUUUUUUAAAAAUAUUUUAAGAAUUAGAAAGCAAUGUCAUCCUGUAUUAGUACUGGUAUUUCAGCCAUCUAUAUUUUAGAUCAUAAGGGAAGAGUUCUCAUCACAAGAUGUUAUAAAGGUGAUUUGCCUAUUAACAUUCAUGAUAUUUUCAACAAGAAAUUGCUUGAAUAUGAUGAAUUCUCAGUUAAGCCUAUUUUGCGUGAUAAGUAUGGUCACUCUUUCUUCUAUUUACAUCAUAAUAAUUUGAUCUUCUUAGCAAUUUCUAGAAAGAAUACUAACUGCAUGAUGGUGUUCAGCUUCUUGUACCAACUUAUUUAAGUUUUAGUAGAUUAUUUUAAGGAAUUAGAAGAGGAAUCUGUACGUGAUAAUUUUGUUAUUAUUUAUGAACUACUUGAUGAAAUGAUGGAUAAUGGUUAUCCCCAAACCACUGACAAUAAGAUUCUUAAAGGAUUGAUAAAGACUGAAUCUCAUGAGUUGAAAAAAGAUUAAAAAAAGCCAAGCAAGAAUAGUUCUUUGUCAAUCGAAAACUAAGUAGAUGCAAUUACAGGUGCAGUUACUUGGAGAAACAAUGGUAUUUCUUACAAAAAGAAUGAAGUCUUUUUGGAUGUUAUUGAAAAAUUAAAUAUGUUAGUUUCUCAUCAAGGUAAUGUCAUUAAGUCAGAAAUAGCUGGUUAAAUUAGAGUUCGUUGUUUCCUUUCCGGUAUGCCUGAACUUAAAUUAGGUAUCAAUGAUAAGGCCUUUUAUGAUGCAUAAGGGCGUACUUCUAAGAGUAGAGCAAUAGAAUUUGAUGAUAUGAAAUUCCAUGCCUGCGUGAGAUUGUCGAAGUUUGAAAAUGAUAGAGUAAUUUCAUUCAUUCCUCCUGAUGGUGAAUUUGAAUUAGCUUCCUAUCGUUUAGAUGUUCGUGUUAAGCCUCUAUUUUCAGUUGAAGUUACUCCUGAAAGAAAGCCUAACUCUAAUAAAAUUGAAUUCACAGUUAAGGUAAAGAGUAAUUUCAAGCAAAAAUCUACUGCUAAUAACGUUGAAAUCUUUAUCCCUGUACCUGAUGAUGCUGAAACCCCAGUUUUCAAGGCUGCUUAUGGUACUGUCGAAUAUGUUGCUGAAAAAGAAGCUAUGGGAUGGAAAUUUAAGUAAUUCCCUGGCUAAAGAGAAUACAUGAUGACAGCUACUUUCCACUUGCCUACUGUAGUAUCUCCUAAUAGAGAAAAAUUCUAAAGAAUGCCAAUCAGCAUCAACUUCGAAAUCCCUUACUACACCGUAAGUGGUUUCUAAGUUAGAUAUUUAAAAAUAUAAGAAAAGAGUGGUUAUCAUGCUCUUCCUUGGGUUCGUUAUAUUACAUAAAAUGGAGAUUAUCAAAUUAGAAUGUCUUGA